AUGCUUCCAAAGAUGAAUGUUCCCACCCGUCUUGGAAAAGAGUAUCUGCUUGAACACAGAACACAUAAAACCAUCGCCAGGCCUGCCCAGCAACCCCAUCAGGAAGAUACCAGGUCUUCAAUCAACCAUCGUACGGUUCUUUGUAAAUUCUUUUUGAUGAACUCUUGCAGGCAUGGCGAAAACUGUACUUACUCUCAUGAAACAAGUAAGUUUCCAUGUAGAGCAUAUUAUCUAAAGAACAACUGCAUCAAGAAAGACUGCCCGUUCUCGCAUGGCCCAUUUUCAGAUGAUGUGAUAUGCGAUCUCAUCAAAGACAAGCAUGAGCAAGUACAGUUCAAGUCAACCCUAGAAUAG